UGUGGCGCCGUCACCAGCGGACUCCGGCGAGCGCGAGGGCAGCGAGGUGCGGCUUGCCCGCUGGCCAGGCGCGCGGAGACGGUUCGGCGCUUCGCUCGGGGCCGGCUCGCCGUCCCCGCGGGUCCCGUUAGCAUGUCGCUGAGGCAGCACCUCGUUCAGCUGGCCUGCCGUCUGCAGGAGCCGCAGAAAGUGGCCAGUUUCCAGCGUCUGUGCGGGGUGGAGGCGCCGCCGACCCGCUCCGCCGACCCGCCGAGGGAGGAAGAUGGGCAGGGGGAGGCGCCGCUCGUCGGGGACGUCCGGCGGCGAGGGUGGUCGCCGGGGACGGCCGGAGGCCCCCAGCCGCCGGGACACGAUCGCAACCCGAGUGCCGCCAAGGUGGCGGGCGGCGGCGCCCCCAACGGCGUGCGGAACGGGCUGGCGGCCGAGCCGGGCCCGGCCGCGGCGUGGUGCGCGGGCUCCCCGCGCCGCAACUCACUGACGGGCGAGGAGGGCCAGGCGGCCCACGUGAGCAACUGGCCGCUCUACUACCUCUUCUCCUUCGGCACCGAGCUGGGCAACGAGCUCUUCUACAUCAUCUUCUUCCCCUUCUGGAUCUGGAACCUGGACGCCGUGGUGGGCCGCAGGCUCGUGGUCAUCUGGGUGCUGGUCAUGUACCUGGGCCAGUGCACCAAGGACAUCAUCCGCUGGCCGCGGCCCGCCUCGCCGCCCGUCGUCAAGCUGGAGGUCUUCUACAACUCCGAGUACAGCAUGCCCUCCACCCAUGCCAUGUCCGGUACCGCCAUCCCCAUCGCCAUGGUCCUCCUCACCUACGGCCGCUGGCAGUAUCCUCUCGCAUACGGACUGAUUCUCAUCCCUUGCUGGUGUUCCCUAGUCUGUAUAAGCAGAAUUUACAUGGGCAUGCACUCCAUUCUGGACAUUAUCGCUGGAUUCCUAUAUACCAUUUUAAUUUUAGCUGUCUUCUAUCCAUUUGUGGACCUGAUCGACAACUUCAACCAAACUCACAAAUAUGCUCCAUUAAUCAUCAUUGGGCUUCAUUUAGCUUUGGGGAUCUUUUCUUUUACUCUUGACACCUGGAGCACAUCCCGAGGAGACACAGCUGAGAUUCUUGGAAGUGGCGCUGGAAUUGCCUGUGGCUCUCAUGUCAGUCAUAGCAUGGGUCUACUGUUAGACCCUCCUCUAGACAUUCUACCUUUAGCUAGGCCCCCCAUUACUGUAAUGCUGUUGGGAAAAGCCAUAUUUCGCAUCCUCAUAGGAAUGGUAUUUGUACUAGUAGUCAGAGAUAUCAUGAAAAAGACUACCAUUCCUCUGGCCUGUAAAAUCUUCAAUAUACCAUGUGAUGAUAUUCGAAAAGCGAGGCAGCACAUGGAAGUUGAACUUCCCUAUCGGUAUAUAACCUAUGGAGUGGUGGGUUUCUCCAUCACAUUUUUUGUUCCCUACAUAUUUUUCUUUAUUGGGAUCUCUUGAUGGAAAAUACUAUGUAUGCUAUGAAAGGAGGCUAUCAGUUACUGGCAUCUAAAAAUACACCUGAGGUCAAAGUCAAACCAGAGUAAGACUUUUAGAAGAAUUUAACUGAAAGAGUUAUUUAAGAGAAUUCUUACGAGUGAGUGCAUUUUAUUACUGCACAUCCAGAUAGUGUUUUAGACAAGCUGAGCUAUUGCAAUACUGAGAAAAUGAUAAUCCAUUUAAAAUGUUCCUGUAAUAUUUGGAGAGUUUCUCAUUGUUAUGAGUUCAAGUUAUAUAUAAUAUAUAUUAAGGUACGUAAUAUGUAAUUAUAUCUCUAAUAUAUGUUAUAUAUAAAAUAUACCUGUUUUCUUUUGAAUUGUGGAGAAGUGUAUUACAAAAUCAAUAACAAUAUGCAGUUGUGGCUGUGUAUUUAGAAUUAAUACAGGCAUGUUGUUCUUCACAAAUGUAUUUCCCAUUAUAUCCUGUGGGAGCCAGUUCCUAAUUGAGUUGCAGAAUCUGUUUGCCAUCUUGUACUGAUCUCCUGCCUCCUUUUACACUGCCAUCACCUUUCACAGUACCCAUGGAAUUGAACAUGGGGAAUAUUUUUAAUGGACCAAAUUAUCAGGAAAAUUAGGUGUUGGAUUCUUUAUUUUUUAAAGUUCUGUACACUGUGUUGAAUGUACUUUUGUUGCCGUUGUUUUGGGUAUCAGUUUAAUGAUUCAGGUACUGAAUUUUAUUGCUUGCUAAUUGUGCCUUUUGUUGCUGAGUUAAGAAGUAUAUACUGUGAUGUAAUAGUAAGACUCUAAUUAUCAUAAGUUACAUAUAAUCAGGCAAAUAUUUAAAAAUAUAUAUUAAACUAAUGAGGAUAGAAGUAAACAACUCUCAUCUGUAUGUAGAAAGAAAUGGCAGAAUGGGCUAACGUUUCUCACUAAUUUAUUGGAAAGCUAAAUGGAUAAGUAUUUCCAUUUUUGUAAGUAUUUUUCUGUGCAUUGUAAGUUAGAGGAAUAAGAUAUAUUUUUUGUACAUUGUCUUGAUUGUUUAUACUGCAGGUAGAUGUUACAUGGAAAUGUAAAAAUUUAUAGGCGGGACAGUGCACACACUUCAUAUGGAAACAAAAGCUGUUUUUCUAAAUUAUUUGGAAAGGUUUAGACUUCCCAGUGUUAACUUUUAAUACACAUUCUUUAGGAAAAUUAUAAAAUAAAAAAAAUAGUGUCAGUAGAUUAGAUCCUAUUUUCUUUCCAACAUUUUAUUACUUUCAGAAUGGAAAAUUGGGGAAUAGUAUUAAACUAUUUUUCUGUCUAUGCCUUUAUGUUUUUAUGUGUGAUUAUAAUUAGGUUAACAUUAAAUUUAUUUAUAGUAGGAUUUUUCAUAAAUAAGAGAAUUUACUUUCUAUGUAAAGGAGCAUCAGGAAUGGGAUUACUGAUUUUAGUGCAAUAUCUAGGUGAUUAUUCACAAGUAUCAAUUAAGAUAUUUCUAUUUUGGACAGUGUAACUAUUUGAGCUAAUAUUUUUAUAAUUCUGAUCAAGAAUUAAGGGGCAUAGCAACUUGUAGCAAAACAAAAUCUGAUCAUUUUAAGUAAAGCUACUUAAUUUGUUCUCUAGUUUAGAAGAAACCAACACUCUUAGGAGCUGUUUAUUGGUAUGAUGGAAAAUGUGAAAAGAGCUUUUCUUUCAGAAUGUGGUUGAUGACUUAAAUUUUAAGGACUCUCAUAAUGUGUGUCUCUGCUGUCCUAUUAAUUUUUAUGUAUAGCUUAAAAAGUAUUUGAAAAUA